UAAACAACAAACUCAUAACCGCCAUAACGGUCCCUUCUCUUCCCUAUAUAACAAACUCAUAACCGCUUUCUUCUUCCUUCUUCCAUCUUCUCGCUCUCUUCAACCUCGCAAGUGAUCAACAAUGGCGACUAUCUCAUUCUCCUUCGCCAUCUUUCUCGUUGCUCUCAUCCUCUGUUUCCCUCAUCCUUCCGCCGGAGUUCCUCUGGAAGAACUGGAAAGAGCCAUCACGGUGCUCCGCGUCAGAGGCCGAGCUCUCUUCGCCAACGCCAUCGUAACCUCCGAUCUCCUCUUCGAUUUACUCUCCGCCGAAACCCUCACACUCUUCGCCCCCACCGACUCCACGCUUUUCGAUCUCGACAUGACUCGUUCUUUCUCCUUCUACGUUUCCACCCUCCGCCUCCACUCCGUACCCGUCCGCCUCCCGUUCUCCGAUCUCCGAUCACUCCCCAACGCCACCUCUCUCCCGACGCUGCUUCCCUCUCACCACCUCCUACUCAGUAAGUCUUCUUCGUCGAACGAGUCCGUUUAUCUCGACGGCGUUCGCAUUCUCCUCCCUGGUUUGUUCUACGGUCAGCAUCUCGCCGUACACGGUAUCGACGGUCUUCUUUCGCUCACGACUCCUUCGUCUUCGGAACUUUCCGUUGAUUUGCCUCCCGUGGUCGAUUCGCCGGCGGAGUCACCGUAUGUUGUGGAUUCGAGAUUCUCGCCGGCGCCACAGCCUUACGCCUCCUUUCUUGGUCGUACACCAGCAGAGACGCCGAGGGUUGAAGAAGUUUCACCGUCGCCGUGGAGAGAAGGCAUGAUCGUAGGCGAUGAAGGAGGACCGUUAGAUUGGAGGAGUAACCACUUCUGAGGACACGUGUCGUAAUCUUUGCAAGUGGAGAUUUAGCCG